AGCUCGUGCACACAAUCCCUUCCCCCUUCUGAAUGCCCGCGCUCUGCUCGUGCUCGACAACGGUUUAUUGUAUCGGACAUAAGAAGCGACGGAGCUCCAGCGCUGAUAUAAAACAGAACGGCUAGCCAUCUAAACUUCAAGUAUGGCAGCGAUUCGCAAGAAGCUGGUGAUUGUAGGAGAUGGAGCGUGCGGUAAAACCUGUUUACUUAUCGUCUUCAGUAAAGACCAGUUUCCUGAAGUCUAUGUCCCCACGGUGUUUGAAAACUAUGUCGCCGACAUUGAGGUUGAUAGCAAACAGGUGGAACUUGCUCUGUGGGAUACCGCAGGACAGGAGGACUACGAUAGGCUCCGUCCCCUUUCAUACCCAGAUACUGAUGUCAUUCUUAUGUGCUUCUCUGUUGACAGUCCUGACAGUUUAGAGAAUAUUCCAGAGAAGUGGACACCUGAGGUGAAGCACUUUUGUCCAAACGUUCCCAUCAUCCUCGUCGGCAACAAAAAGGAUUUGCGGAAUGAUGAACACACACGCAGGGAGCUGACUAAGAUGAAGCAGGAGCCUGUUAAGGCAGAGGAAGGAAGAGACAUGGCCAAUCGGAUUGGAGCAUUUGGUUACAUGGAGUGCUCAGCCAAAACAAAAGAUGGUGUUCGGGAGGUGUUUGAAAUGGCCACUAGAGCAGCGCUGCAGGCACGCAGGGGAAAGAAGAACAACAAAUGCUGUCUGCUGUGAAUACUAGCCAUUGGACUCUGUGCCUGUACUGGGGCUCAAAAAGAGUGUGUCUGAGGGGCACAGACCCCUCCCCCACCUUCCCCCGUCACAUUCGCCAAAUGUUUUUGGGAAAGAGAUCCCAGAUAAAAAGCUUUGUUUUGUCUCCUCUUUUUUUUUUUUUUUCUCUUCGGUCUUAUUUUUAGUCGUGGAGAUGUUUAUCAGUAUUUAAGAGAACUUGGACAAAUGGGACUAUUUUUGAUGCUUUACCUGAAUUUGUGGUAUCAUUCAAGCUUGCCCAUUUGCCAAAUGCUGUCAUGUGACCCUGUGGGCAGUUGGAAAAGUGUGAUCAUGUGAGCUGCAAUUCAGUACUUCAGCCCAUCCCUCAUAUGUUGGGCUCUUUUUUUCUGCAACAUGAAACCGAGCUGAACUUGAUUGUUGCUGUAUGUAUGUAUGGAUAAUUUUAAGGUUUUCUUUUAGAUAAGGGCAAGAUUGGGAUUUUUGAACAAAAGUACAAAAUAGCUGUUUUAAAGCAAAAAGGGGGCAUGGGGUGGGUGGGGGUUUAUGUAUAUUACAUACAUGUACAUAUGAACGUGUGUAAUUAUAUGUACACGCAUUCAGGAUUGGAAACCGUAUUUGUAAACUAGACUUGGUAAUCUUGUGUAAUAAAAGAUGUUCUAUAAGGAGCAACUCUGUGUGUGUGUGUGUGAGAGAGAGAGAAUGAUCAGGUUCCUUCACAAACUAGCAGAAUGUAAAUGAACAGAAAAAAAAUACCAUUUUGAUUCUGCUUCCUUUUUGUAAGUAGCUCACCAAAACAAUACACUUCUGUUAUUUAUUCAUUACAGAUCUGCUAUUCAUAAAGUUAUACAUCUCUUUUUUCAUGAAAUAAAAAUGUUAAUCAGA